AUGGGCCUUGCUUCCCAAAGCAAUCAAGCGACGAUGGCAACACCCGCGAUCCGCCAUACGCCGACCUCGUCGCGAAAGCGCAAGCUCGCCACCGAGGCUGCCGCCACCCCAGCUUAUCCCACUCCGCGAUCCUCGUUUCCAACCCCGGGAUCUUCCUUUGAGACCGCCAUCUGCCUCGACUCCGACGACGAGCAAGAUCCUUGCCAUGACACGACCGACCAGCAAGUCGAUGACGCGUACUUUGUGGUUGACGAGCCUGCGCAGCCCAGCUCCGUCAAGAGGGCAAAACGCAACCGCGGCGAUAGCAACCGCGAGAAGCGCCUCCGACAGACACGCAAGCAACCCCCUCAAUCGUUCUACGAAAUCUUCAAGCGCGCGACAACCCAGAGAUUCUACGUCCUGAGCCGAACGCGUUGCGGUACCCAAGAUUGCCCCGAGGAGAUGGUCGAGAUGGCUGGAUCCACUGGCAACAUCUACUACGUCUGUAUCGCCAAGCAGCCCUCGUGCGAUUGUCCGCACGCUCGGAAGGGUGCUCAGUGCAAACACUUGCUUUAUCGCGCGUCCCCGCGGCCCCCAAAACUCCAGGUCAUGUCCCGCGUCCUCCGUGCCAAGUUCGACUACGUCUACCAGCUCGCUCUCUUGAGCUCGGAGCUCCGCGACAUCUUCGCCAAUGCUCCACCCAUCGCCGCCGAGCACACUGACGCCUUCGCCGACGAAGCCGACCCUUCCACCACAGAGAACAGUGGAGGGCACCGCAAGCCGCUCGAUGAUGACUGCCCCAUUUGUUUCAACGAGCUUGUCGGCGCCGAAAGAGAAACUCUAGUCUGGUGCCGCGCCGCCUGCGGGCAAAAUAUGCACAAGGAGUGCCUCGAGAUGUGGGCUGCCACCAAGCGCAAGUCGAGUACGGGCAUCGCUGGCAGCGAGGUCACCUGCCCGCUGUGCCGCAGCGUGUGGCAGGGCGACGACGAGAUUGUCAAGAAGAUCAACCGGACGGGCCACGUCAAUUCGGAGGGCUAUGUCAACGUGGCCGACCAGCUGGGCAUCAGCGCGAGACGAGAUACAAGCACGUACUCAAGAUGGUGGUCCGGUUCUGACAAUCCACGGGGGUGGGGUGGCGGUCGACGUGGCUACUACGCAAACGUCCGCGGCCAUUGGGACGAUGGCGAUUGGUAG